GUUGAACAUUGCAUGUGAACAGGUAAUGUGGUUUAUUACUGUGGCAUUACUCACAUUUGUUUUUUGGGUCCAGCGCACCUCUACAUCAGUGCCCGCCCCACAGACUGCUUACUAGCGUUCUCUGUCCCGCUCUCCUGCACGCGCGCCCGAUUUCCCCGUGUGUCUCUCGCGCCCUUUGGUAGAAAUCCCCACUUUCCAUCGAGCAGCUGUAGCAGUUAACCCUCUCUGAGCUUUCCAUCGAGCCGCUGUAGUAGGGUUAGGGACCGUGUUAUCCCUCUCUCAGCUGUCCCAGCUCCCGGGCUGUCUAAAUAACUAUACACCUGUAUGUUCCUUCUCGGCGACAUGAAACCGUGGGGCGCCCUCAGUGCAUCGCUGUUCCUGUUUGGUCUUACUUUAUUACCAGUCUGUCUGGGAGCUCACGGACGUUAUGCCCAGAAGCUUAUGAGCGACCUCUUCUCCAACUACACCAGCGCCCUGCGACCGGUGGAGGACACGGACAACAUCAUCAAUGUGACCCUGCAGAUCACCCUCUCCCAGAUCAUCGACAUGGAUGAGCGGAACCAGAUCCUGACCACCUACCUGUGGAACAGGCAGAUGUGGACAGACGCCUACCUGACCUGGAGCAAGGAGGACUACGACGGCCUGGACGCCAUUCGCAUCCCCAGCCGCCUGGUCUGGAAGCCUGACAUCGUCCUCUACAACAGUGCCAACGACCAGUUCUCCAGUUCCAUGGAGACCAACGUGGUGCUGCGGAACGACGGCUCGGUGAUGUGGGACCAGCCGGCCAUCACCAAGAGCUCCUGCUCGGUGGACGUGGCCUUCUUCCCCUUCGACAUGCAGCAGUGCCGCCUCACCUUCGGCUCCUGGACGCACAACGGCAACCAGAUGGACCUGGUCAACGCCCUAGACAGCGCCGACCUGGCCGACUUCGUGCCCAACGUGGAGUGGGAGGUGCUCGGCAUGCCGUCCAAGAAGAACGUGAUCCUGUACGGCUGCUGCUCGGAACCCUACCCGGACAUCACCUACACGCUGCACCUCAAGCGCCGCUCCUCCUUCUACAUCUUCAACCUGCUCAUCCCCUGCAUGAUGAUCUCCUUCCUGGCCCCGCUGGGCUUCUACCUGCCGGCCGACUCGGGGGAGAAGGUGUCCCUUGGGGUGACGGUGCUGCUGGCGCUCACCGUCUUCCAGCUGAUGGUGGCUGAGAGCAUGCCGCCCUCCGACAGCGUCCCACUCAUAGGGAAGUAUUACAUUGCCACCAUGACGAUGAUCACCGCGUCGACGGCCCUGACCAUCUUCAUCAUGAACAUCCACCACUGUGGACCCGAGGCACGCCCCAUCCCACAGUGGGCCCGCCGCUUAAUCCUGGACUACCUGGCUCGGAUCUGCUUCGUCUACGAGGUCGGCGACAACUGCCUGGGGCCGUGCACGAAGCAGCCCGCGCUGGAGCCCGCGCCGCUGGAGCAAGAGGAGGAGGGUGUACACUGGGGGGCCAACUGGGAUCUCAACGGGGGAGCCUGGGACUGCCAGGAGCCGAGGCCUGGGGCGACACCCCCACCAGACCCGAAGGAAGGGGUGGGUUACGCCAAGCAGGCUGACCAGAAGGAAGCCCUUGUGAACAUUGAGGAGGGAGCUGUGAGAGGGGGGUCAGUAGGAAGCUGUACUGGGACAGAGAAAGGUGCAGGAGGUGUGGACACCAAAGAGGGUGCAGGCGGAGGAGUCGGGGAUGGUCGUCUAGAAGGUGGUGAAGGGGGAGGAGGAGCGGGGGAGAUGAGGAGGAGGAGGGAGGGGAUGUGCCAGCUGCAGGGCCUGCGCCGGGACGUCGAGCUGAUCGCCAGCUGCUACCAGGAACAGCGCUCGACGCAGAGUCUGGUGGGAGAGUGGAGGAAGGUGGCCAAAGUCAUGGACCGCUUCUUCAUGUGGCUCUUCUUCAUCAUGGUCUUCUUGAUGAGUCUGCUCAUCAUGGGGAAGGCAAUGUGACAAGGGGGUUCAGCUGAUAUCCUUCUUCAUGUGGCUCUUCUUCAUCAUGGUCUUCUUGAUGAGUCUGCUCAUCAUGGGGAAGGCAAUGUGAAAAGGGGGCUCAGCUGAUAUCCUUCUUGCCAAUCCGUUUUUUUUUAUUCACCAGUCAUCACAAUUUGGUCACAUGUUUGCUUGUGCACUAAAACGUUUCGCUGCAGUAGCAGGUAGCACUUAGCUGCAACUUUUAAGCAUUAAUAAGGAACUUGGAUAGAAAGUGAAUUCCUUAUUUAUGAAGAAUUGUUCAUGCAUGAAUACUCGUUGAACUAUUCAUAAUCAGUUAUAUAUUAUUAAUACAAUAAUUAGAUAAUGGUUUAUAAGAUUAGUCAAUGAGUUAAUGAGUAAUUUAUAAUACAAAUGUAAUUUAUAAUACUUUAUAAACACUUAAUAAUGCUGCAAUUCAUGAUUAGUAAAUGUAGUUUGACAACAUUAGUUAACUUUUUUGUGUCAUUAGCAUGACUAAAAGGCUGGAAAUGCCUUGCAGCAGUACCAAGUUGUAGUAAGGUAUGUUUAGUCCUCAAUUUAGACCUCAUACCAAAUACUUAACUAAUGUUUUAUAACUGCCUGAAGUUAUAUGAAUUGCAGCAUUAAGUGUUCAUAAAGCAUUAACAUGUUAAUAGUUUGUAAAUCAUCAACUCGCAUUUCAUAAAUGAACCAUAUUAACCAUUUUUCUUGUUAUCUUAUUAAUAAUGUAUAUUAUGAAUUGCUGACUGCGACUGACUUAACGAACACCAGCAUUGUCUUAUAUAUUGAAUACAUGCUGCUGAAACUCACCCAGGCUUGGGCCCACAGCCCACUGUGGUGUAAACAAGGCAAGGCAGCAUGUCAGGGAGCUAGUUUAUUUUAGGAAACCAUUAUACCUUAAUCUUUUUAAAUUUUUGCUACAUAUACAAACUACCAGCAUUGACCAAAGUGCUGCAGAAUUGAAGGUGCGUAUAGAAGAAAACAAGGAGAUUCCUACAUACAUUCCUUGACACAGUUAGUAACACGUUGUCCCAGACUUUUCCAUCGUGCAAGACUAGGAUCUGCUGGUCUGCAGUGUCAAAAGAUGCAGUGAGAUCUUUGACAUCAGAUUUUAUGUUGGGCCAAUGAACAAGCAACAAGCAACCACACAGAUGCAGAAGUUGUAGCAAUAUCUAUAAAGGAAGCAAUAUACGUUAA